GAUGACAAUGACGAGCUGCCCCAGCCUUUCGACGCGAAGAAACUCGAACCGGCCAAAAAGCACCAACGCUCUACUUCGCCGGGAGAUGCACCACGGAAACAGAAGAAGCCCGGCCGACGCGCUCGUAUAACAAAUGAUGAGGCGGCUCAAAUCAGGCGGCGACAGGAAGAACGCGACAGAGCCGCUGCCGAAGCUAGUGCCACCAUUGCGGCAGACCCAUCCAGAGCUGCUAUCAAUGAUGUGGUCAGACAGCACUACAACUCUGUGCCAGAGCGGGGACGGGAAUGGAGAAAGACUGGAAGUCGCAUCAAGGGCUUGCGAUCGUUCAACAACUGGGUGAAGAGCACGAUCAUCCAGAAGUUCUCACCGGACGAAGAUCAUACUCCAGGUGCUCAUGAGCGUGGGCGAGACAUGGUUGGAGUGGGCAGUCAUGAGCUCUUGGUGCUUGACAUUGGAUGUGGCAAAGGGGGCGACUUGGGCAAAUGGCAGCAGGCACCGCAAACGGUUCAACUGUACGUUGGUAUGGACCCUGCUGAAAUUUCAAUUGAGCAGGCUAGAGAGCGCUAUCGCAGCAUGGGCAGUCGCGGUGGUGGCGGAAGAGGAGGUAGAGGCGGCUUCAGAGGAGGACGUCAGCAGCGGCUCUUCGACUCACGAUUCUUUGUCAAGGACUGCUAUGGCGAAUCACUUGGAGACAUUGAUAUCGUACGGCAAGUCGGCUUCGAUCCUUCACCUAUGGGAAGGAGCGGGUUUGACAUCGUCAGUAUGAUGUUUUGCAUGCACUACGCCUUUGAGACCGAGCAGAAAGCCCGAAUGAUGCUACAAAACGUGUCAUCAGCAUUGAAAAAGGGUGGUAGAUUCUUGGGCUGUAUUCCCAAUUCUGAUAUUAUUGGCGAGCAGGUCACCAAAUUCAACGAGCGCAUGGCAGCAAAGAAGGAAGGUAUUAUCGAAGGCAAGGAGGCCCCAGCGAACGAGGAUCGCGAAGAAGGAGAAGCCGAGGAGACAGCAGAGUGGGGCAAUGAUCUCUACCGAGUGAGAUUUCCUGGCAAGACCCCAGUGGACGGUAUCUUCCGGCCGCCUUUCGGCUGGAAAUACAAUUUCUUCCUCGACGAGGCAGUUGAGGAAGUGCCGGAAUAUGUGGUGCCCUGGCAUGCGUUCCGAGCUUUGGCCGAAGACUAUAAUCUCGAGUUACAGUACCACCAGACCUUCAAGGAAGUUUGGGAGACGGAGAAAAACGAUCGCAUUCUGGGCCCUCUUAGUGAGCGCAUGGGCGUGCGUGAGAGAGGCGGAGGGCCGCUGCUGGUCUCUCCCGAAGAAAUGGAGGUUGCCAAUUUCUACGUUGCUUUCUGUUUCUACAAGGUCUAG